AUGGAUUACCAGAAAGCAUUCGACUCUGUUCCGCAUCGUCGGCUACUGGCGAAGAUUUCGGCACUUGGGAUAAGAGGGAAGGUGCUGGAGUGGAUGAGGGACUUUUUAUCUGGAAGGAAACAGACAGUUGUAGUCAAUGGAAACAGGUCGGAAGAAGCCGAUGUCUGCAGCGGUGUUCCUCAAUGCUCUGUUCUUGGUCCGAUUCUCUUCGUCAUGUACAUUAAUGACCUGCCGCAGCAAGUAAAGACGAACGUGCGCAUGUUUGCAGACGACACUAAGCUAUUUGCUAGAACUGAUACCAGAGAGGGCACCGUGUGUCUCCAGGAAGACUUGGACCGGCUUCAGGAUUGGUCUGACAAAUGGCUGCUGAAGUUCCACCCAGAAAAGUGUAGCGUUAUCAAGCUGGGUGUACAGAAGUCGGAAGGAAAAUAUUUUAUGAGAAAGGGACAGGAACAGCAGCUUGAACUGAGGGAAAGUGGGGUGGAGAGGGACUUGGGAGUGAUGAUGGACUCUGGGCUGGUUUUCAAGGAGCACGUGGCCUAUUGCACCGCCAAAGCAAACAAGGUAGUCGGCAUAAUUCGCAGGUCAUUUGACCAUCUGACUGAGCAUACAUUUGUACAACUGUAUAAAAGUCUAGUCCGUCCGCUGCUGGAGUACGGACACUGUGUCUGGCAACCAUACCAUAAAACCCUGUGCAGCGACAUUGAGGAUGUGCAAAGGCGGGCAACGAAGCUCCUGGGUUCACUGAGGGACAAGCCUUACCCCGAGAGGCUGCGGUUGCUGAAACUACCUUGUCUGGAACACCGACGCUUGCGCGGCGACAUGAUCGAGGUUUACAAAUACCUGCACGGGUACUACAGCGUUCAGCACCCAACGUUCAUUAAGGCCACUACAACGCGACUCAGGGGUCACUCCAUGAAGCUGUAUAAGAGCAAAUAUCGGCUUAACGUGAGAGGAAACUUCAUUUCGCACAGGAUUGUCGACUCGUGGAAUGGCCUGCCUGAUAGUGUGGUCUCGGCUACAUCUGUGAACUCUUUUAAAAACUUACUUGACCAUCACUGGAGGGACCUGCCAUCACUAUAUAAGCCAGAAUGCCAGAAUUAG